CUGCUUACCUGUGUUUCCUGUCUUUUUCCAAUCUUUGACCCAACGAAACAACAACCCUUACAAUCACCACCUUUCGGCGCUCUUUUUCUUUUAUCCCAUUUUUUUCCUCCACGCACCCCCUUUUUUCUCAUUAUUUCUUUUCACACCCUCAUCAACCACCACCACCAUAUAUGUUUUUCUCUUCCCAUUAUUGCCAACAGUAUAUGCAAAUCAAAACCAUAUCAUAAAAAUUUCUUUUUUAUUUUCAUUAUUAUUAUUAUAACUGAACCUGCAUCACUCAAAUCUAACAACACACUUUCAGGUGAAAUCAAGUUGAUUAUUGUGUAUACAUAUAUUAGAGAAGGGCAUUGAAUUACAGUGUGAUUUCUGCGGGAGCUUGAGUAGUCAUCUUCUAUGCUGUGUUUUGUAACAGAAAAUAUGGGCUUACUCUGUAGCAAAAGUAACCGUUACAAUGAUGCCAAAGCUGAAGAAAAUGCACAGACUGCAGAAAUUGAAAGAAGAAUAGAGUUAGAAACAAAGGCUGAAAAGCAUAUUCAGAAACUUCUACUACUAGGAGCUGGAGAGUCGGGGAAGUCCACAAUAUUUAAGCAGAUAAAACUUUUAUUUCAAACUGGCUUUGAUGAGGCAGAGCUAAAAAGCUAUCUACCAGUCGUUCAUGCUAAUGUAUAUCAGACAAUAAAAUUACUUCAUGAUGGAUCGAAGGAGUUUGCACAGAAUGAUGUUGAUUUUUCGAAGUAUGUUAUAUCUACUGAAAAUAAGGACAUUGGUGAAAAGUUAUCAGAAAUUGGUGGCAGACUGGAUUAUCCACGUCUCACCAAAGAACUUGCACAGGAAAUUGAGAGUAUGUGGAAGGAUGCUGCAAUUCAGGAAACAUAUGCCCGUGGUAAUGAGCUCCAAGUUCCGGAUUGUACGCACUAUUUCAUGGAAAAUUUGCAGAGGCUGUCUGAUGCAAAUUAUGUUCCAACAAAGGAGGAUGUCUUACUUGCCAGAGUUCGUACUACCGGUGUUGUAGAGAUCCAGUUCAGCCCUGUUGGAGAAAACAAGAAAAGUGGUGAAGUCUAUAGACUGUUUGAUGUCGGCGGCCAGAGAAAUGAGAGGAGGAAAUGGAUCCAUCUGUUUGAAGGAGUUUCCGCUGUAAUAUUCUGUGUUGCGAUUAGCGAAUACGAUCAAACACUUUUUGAAGAUGAGAACAAGAACAGAAUGAUGGAGACAAAGGAACUUUUUGAAUGGGUCCUGAAGCAACAAUGUUUUGAGAAAACAUCCUUCAUGUUGUUUUUGAACAAGUUCGACAUAUUUGAGAAGAAGAUCCUGGAUGUCCCACUUAAUGUAUGUGAGUGGUUCAAAGAUUACCAGCCAGUUUCAACCGGGAAGCAAGAGAUCGAGCAUGCAUACGAGUUUGUGAAGAAAAAAUUUGAGGAAUCAUAUUUCCAGAGCACUGCUCCGGAUAGCGUAGACCGCGUGUUCAAAAUCUAUAGGACCACUGCACUUGAUCAGAAGGUUGUGAAGAAGACAUUCAAGCUCGUUGACGAGACUUUGAGACGAAGAAAUCUCUUUGAGGCUGGCUUGUUAUGACCAGUGAAUGAGUCAUGUUUUAUAAGAGGGAUAAAGUGUUUUUUAUAGUGAAGAGGUGAGAUCAGAUUUUGGGUAUACUAAACAUUAAAUCGAUUUGUUGAUUUUAUUUCUAGUAAAAUCUUGUUGGAGUGAGUGGAUGGAGAAAAGCCUUUAUAUAGUGAUCUUCACACUCAUCUUCAAAGGGUAAAUUUGUUUCAAGAUUUGAUAUCAUGAUUUGUGAUUAUGUUUUUAUAGACUGAAAAUCAACAAUGAUAUGAAGUAUUUCACAUAUGCUAUUAAUAUUUAUGAUUAUUAGUAA